AUUAAUUUAAUCCAAAUCCAAUUCCCGACUCCAAUUGGCGGUUUCGGCUGCUGCAGUCAAAGUUGUUUUUUUUUUGUGCCCCAAAAAGAGUUAAAUUCGCUGAUUAGGCGAAUAACGGUGCCGGCGCACAGAAGCGACAGAGACAGAGCACACAGCACUUGCACACACCUCCUGCAUCAAUCCCAACCAGAGUCAUGAUCCUCGAGAGAAAUCGGGGGAGCCAACUGGCCCUCCUCCUGGUCGUUUUGCUGGCCACCAUCGCUGGACAAACGGAGGCCCAGAAAUCUGCCAAACUGACGGCGACUGGAACUUCCUGCGCAUCCAAGCUAAAGUGCAACACCUGCAUCCAGGUGGAGGGUUGCGUCUGGUGCAUGCAGCCGGACUUUAAGGGACAGUCGCGUUGCUAUCACAACUCCAGCCAACUGUGUCCCGAGGCAUUCCUCUAUAACCCUGAGUCCACGGUGACCAUUCUGAUGGACGAGCAGCUAACUGCGGCAGGAUCUGCGGCCAGUGGCUAUCACUAUGAGAGCAGCAUGAGCGGCAGCAGCAGCAGCAGCAGCUCCAGCUCCUUCAGCCAGAGCUCCCAAAGCUCAUACUCCAGCAGUGGAUCCCAACACGCCUCUGGCUCUUCGUCCAGCAGAAUUGUCCAAAUCCAGCCGCAAUCCCUGAGCCUCAAGCUGCGCGUCAAUGAGAAGCACAACCUGAAGGUUAGCUACUCGCAGGCGGUGGGUUAUCCGGUGGAUCUCUACUACUUGAUGGACCUUUCCAAGUCCAUGGAGGACGACAAGGAGAAGCUGUCUGCGCUGGGCGCCCAGCUGUCCACUGCCAUGAAGAACAUCACCUCGAACUUCCGUCUCGGCUUCGGUUCGUUUGUGGACAAGGUGCUCAUGCCCUAUGUCUCGACCAUUCAGAAAAACCUAAUUGAGCCGUGUACCAAUUGCACUGCAACAUAUGGCUAUCGUCACAGUCUGAGAUUGACUGAAGACGCUGACAACUUUACUGAAGAGGUGAAGGCUGCCAAAGUAUCGGGUAAUUUGGAUGCACCCGAGGGUGGCUUCGAUGCCAUCAUGCAGGCCAUCGCUUGCCGGUCGGAGAUCGGUUGGCGUGACAGUGCCCGUCGCCUGCUCGUCUUCUCCACGGACGCAGGAUUCCAUUAUGCCGGCGAUGGCAAGCUGGGUGGCGUGAUUGCCCCCAACGACGGCGAGUGCCAUUUGAAUAACCGCGGCGAGUAUACGCACUCCAUCUACCAGGACUAUCCGAGUAUCUCGCAGAUCAACCAAAAGGUCAAGGACAAUGCCAUCAACAUUAUCUUCGCUGUGACCGCCAAUCAGUUGUCCGUGUACGAGAAGUUGGUCCAGCAUAUCCAGGGCUCCUCGGCAGCCAAGCUCGAUAGCGAUUCAUCCAAUGUGGUCACCUUGGUCAAGAGUGAAUACGCCAAAAUCUCCUCUUCGGUGGAGAUGAAGGACAACGCCACUGGAGAUGUGAAGAUCACCUAUUUCUCGUCCUGCCUGAACGGCGGCCCGGAGAUGCAGACAGCCAAGUGUGAAAAUCUGACGCAGGACAAGCUGGUGACCUUCACCGCCCAGAUCCAAUUGCUCAAGUGUCCCGAGGAUCCGCGCGAUUGGCGACAAACGAUCCACAUCUCGCCGGUGGGCAUCAACGAGGUCAUGGAGAUCCAGCUGGAGAUGCUAUGCUCGUGUCCCUGCGAAAAGGAGGGACACUCAAGCUAUACCGUGUUGGCGGACAGCUGUAACAAGCACGGCACCUCCAUGUGCGGUAUUUGCCAGUGCGACGACAGUCAUUAUGGCAACAAAUGCGAGUGCAGUGCCUCCGAUAUAAAUUCGAAGAAUGCCAAUGAUGCCUCUUGCCGGCCGGAUAACACCACUUUGACGGACUGCUCUGGCCGUGGUAAUUGCGUUUGCGGCACCUGCGAGUGCCACAAGCGUCCCAAUCCUCAGGAGGAGGUGUCCGGCAAGUUCUGCGAGUGCGACAACUUCAGCUGCGAAAGGAACAAGAACCAGCUGUGCUCGGGCAAGGAUCACGGCAUCUGCGAGUGCGGCCAGUGCAAGUGCAAGCAGGGCUGGGGUGGCACCAACUGCGCCUGCCAGGAGUCCAAUCACACCUGUGCCCCGCCCGGCGGCGGUGACCUGUGCUCCGGUCACGGCACCUGCGAGUGCGGUGUCUGCAAGUGUAAUGCCAACGAACAGGGACGCUUCUCCGGUCGCUUCUGCGAGAAGUGCCCCACCUGCUCGGGCAAGUGUCAGGAGCUGAAGGAUUGCGUCCAGUGCCAAAUGUACCAUACGGGUGUGCUGAAGAAGGAAGAGGAUUGCGCCACCAAUUGCACGGCCUUUGUGCCCGUGGGCGUGGAGAAGGUGGAGAUCGAUGAGCACAAGGACGAGCAGAUAUGCACCUUCUUUGACGAGGACGACUGCAAGUUCAUGUUCAAGUACAGCGAAGUGCAGGGCGAGGGUCUGAAGGUCCAUGCCCAGGAGACGAAGGAGUGCCCGCCCAAGGUUUUCAUGCUGGGCAUUGUCCUGGGCGUGAUUGCGGCCAUUGUGCUGGUGGGUCUGGCCAUUCUGCUGCUGUGGAAGCUGCUGACCACCAUUCACGAUCGCCGGGAGUUCGCUCGCUUCGAGAAGGAGCGCAUGAACGCCAAGUGGGAUACGGGCGAGAAUCCCAUCUACAAGCAGGCCACCUCCACCUUCAAGAACCCCAUGUAUGCGGGCAAAUAAAUCCGACAUCUAACUAAAUAUUAGGGAAAUAUAACUUGAUAACUCGUGUCGUUCAACUAACUACUGGGCGACGACUGUCUGUGCUUGAACCGAAAACCAGAAACCCGAAAACAACAAACAGCCUACCAAAUUAACCACCACCAAUAAGUCCACAAAAACCAAUCUUCAGAACCGACUCCGAACACAUCGACGAAGCUGCUUUGCCCGGGUGCAAAACCACUGAAGUCAACUGCCAUUGAAACGCGUUCUAAACUAAGUCAACCUUAUAUCUAUAUAUAUAUUUAUAUAUACAUUUACACAAGAACCCCGCAUGUGGGGCAGCCUUUAUACAUUGCGUAUACUUAACGAGCAAACGAUUUGUGCCUUGCAACAUAUUUUAGACUAUAUCUAUACGUAUAUAUAUACAAGCAAGAAAACAGACAACGCACACAACAGCAACAACAACAAGCAGCCGGAAACGGAAGUAACAAAAAAAGAAGAAGAAAAACAGCCAACAAACGUACUACGAACGAUAGUUAGAUAUAUGAUUUUUGUGUUCUUUAUUGUGCCCAAGUAGUAUCCCAAGCCAGCACAUGAAUUUGUAUUUUAUUUUACACUUUAAUUGUAAUUUUUGUUUUGUGUACUUUCCCUACUUCUAAUUAUUUUUUCAUCGAAGCCUUUAUUAUUAAUAGAAAUGGCCAGAAAUGGUAAACUUAACUGAAAUGCUACCCUCCCAAAUGUCUUGUCCUUCGUCACGCCUCCCGUCUAAAUGUUUUUCUAUUGUUUUUAAAGCUAACUUUACAAUUAAUAUUUAAGCUAUUAACAUUUAAGCUUGUACUUGUUAAUUUCGAAAUGCAAGAGAGAGCCCUAGGGACAUUUUGUUUUUCUGUGAAAUCUUUUCAUUUUUUACUUUUGUAUGUUUUUAUUUAUGGAAAAAGAAAGCAAGAAAAGAGGGCAACCGCGUGGAACAGAAUGGAUUAUAGUCUCUUGUGUGUGUUUUGUUUUAUUGAAUUUCGAUCAUUAAUAGUAAAUUAAUACUACUAUAUAAA